AAAAUAACAAUUUUUUCUUCGCCUGCUAAAUAGUUAAAGGGUUCCUCUCUACGCACGUCUCCGAGUCCGAGAGGACUUCUCGAGCGAGUUCGCGAAUCCAAUUCUCCCAGCGAGGGAAGUCAUGGUAGUGAUCGAGCUGGAGCCCGAGGAGGCGACGCGCCCCUCGUCACCGGCAUCGGAGGAGAAGGCGGCUGCCGCGGCCGGUGGGGAGGCGGCGCGCCCAUCGUCUUCAGCGGCGCCCGAGGAGGCGCCCACCGCCGCCGCCGCCGCUGUUGGCGGGGAGGCGUCGAGGGCGGCCGGAGAAGAGGAGGAAGCCUUCGAGGACGCGCUCACCGACGAGCAGCUGCGAGAGAAAUCUAGAAGCCAAGCAAAUGAUGCAAAAGCAGAAGGAAACAAGUUUUUUGGGUCCGGACAAUAUGAGGAAGCAUUAUCUAAGUAUGAAAUGGCAUUGCAAAUUGCUGCUGAGCUGGAAUCUUCUGAGGAUAUACGUGCAGCAUGCCAUUCAAAUCGUGCUGUGUGCUUCCUGAAAUUGGGAAAGCAUGAUGAGACGGUUAAAGAAUGCACAAAAGCACUUGAGCUCAAUCCAUCGUACCUGAAAGCCCUGCUUCGGAGGGCAGAAGCGCACGAAAAGCUCGAACACUAUGAUGAAGCUAUUGCCGAUAUGAAAAAGGUUAUUGAAAUGGAUCCUUCAAAUCAACAAGCCACAAGGUCUCUUUUCCGGCUUGAGCCCCUGGCAGCUGAGAAGAGGGAAAAGAUGAAGGAAGAAAUGAUUGGAAAGCUAAAAGAUCUGGGUAACUCCGUGCUGGGGCGCUUCGGAAUGAGCGUUGACAAUUUCAAAGCCGUCAAAGAUCCAAACACUGGUUCUUACAGCAUCCAGUUCCAGAAGUGACACAACGUGAAGAAAGACAUAGAUGAAUGGCUGGGCCGCUGGGCGGCAUAUUUAAGUUGCAAUUGUUCGAGGCACUUGUGCUUCACAUACCUGGACCAUAUCCAAAUAGAUACCUGCAAAUCGAUCCAAAUAGAAGAGGAACUGGAUUAUUGCGUUGUGUUUGCACUUGACGUUAGAGAUGCUUUCCGAAGUGCAAAGUUGCACGACCAUUUUGAACUGUGGUAUUUUCUUCAAUAUAGUUGUUUUCUCUAUGUUGCAAACGAUGCCUUUUCGUUUAGAGCCCGCCUAGUCAAAUUUAUUAUACUUGCUCUAAGGAACCCGUAGACUGCAGAAGAAUGGCAGCAACAAACCAAAUGUGAGAUCUAUACUGUUGUGUGAGUGCC